UUCGCGACCUCGCCAUUGUUACUCCAAAAGUGGCACUGUUAGUGCUUUUAGACCUCGCAUAGCUAUAUUUAACAUCACUCAAAAUAAUUUGCUCUAGAAUUGAGUCAAACGUCCAAUGACGGUCAAAAUGGCAGACGACAACUUCAUUCCGAUUAUAACUACGGCAAUUAAUAGGAAGAAGCGUUUAACCCGCCUAAUUCAGGUCCUUGGUGGCGGGGACAGCCCGCUUGAGGCCUUCGAGCUCGCGCUGGGGAGAGACUACAGGCUUUUCAGGAAAGUCAUUAACAACGUGUAUACCAUGUGCGAGAUGAUGGACGAGUUUGCCUUUGGCAAGAGGGUGGCAGACCUACAUAAGAUAGACAUGUUAAAGCUGAUGUGGGAUUGCAACAUUUGGGGGUUCCUGCAACGUCUUCUCAGCUUACCUGUCCUGCAGGCUAAAGACACAUCGGCAGAGAAGGACCGAGAGGAGGAAAAGAACCCCUGGUUGCCGUGGAAAUCUGUGUAUUUUAGCUCCUUAAACGUGCUGUCUCAUCUCACAGCCACUCUUUGUUCUCACAACAACGACAUGAUUAAAACGAUAGUGGACACUGAUAUCAUAGAACUGGUGAUGAACAAGUUUCUUACAGGGGACUUCUGUGUCCUUGCCUCCUGCGCUGCACUUCCCUUAAUUCGUUUCCUGACCGAGCAAUCCCAGGAAGCACGUGAACGUUUCUCGUUUCAAAGUGGUAUAGAAAAACUGACCAGAUUCCUCCACAAGGAUGACUGGACUAAGGAAGUGGUGGCGUGGUACCAUAGAGGGCUGGAGGAAUGGGAAGAGAGGGCCGUACUGUCACGGCCCGGAGGACUGUGUCUUGUCACCUUUAUGCCAUUUUUCCCAAAACAGGACCCCAAAGCAAAUGUGGAAGAGAAAAUGAGAAUGCGGUAUAUUGUGUCAUGGGGAAGGGUGACACAGGAGAGAGCUGCGGACAUUUGUUAUCAUCUUGGUCAAACCAAUGACCGUUUCCGCCUGUUGAUAAUGAAGAAUGGCAAGUUGUUAAGAUCUGUGUUACGAUGGUAUCGAACCCCAGCAAUUGUUCCUGAUGAUGUGGACUUGUUGUGGAAGGUUGCCAAGGCGAUGAGUGCCCUAGCAACCACAGAGGAGAUUGCCCUGAAACUAAUAAAUGACUACAAAUUGUUGAGACAUUUAGAAGUACUUGUGUACUGUCCGUCAGGGGAGAUCCUCCAAAAUGUCCUGCAGUGUGUGCUAAGUAUUGUGAUGCACAGAGGAAAGGGGAGGACUAAGAUUGCUGAAAACGAGGCGAUUUUAAAAGCUGUCAUUUCUUAUUGUGGAUCUUUUGAGAAAAAGCUUGUUGUCCCCAGUUUAGCCAUCAUGCAACAUCUGACCGAAGGUCAGACAGGGCUGAAUAUUCUAAAGGCAGGAUUUGGACUCAAAGAAAUAGUCCUCAUCAAUGACUACCAUGACUCUUCUUUAUAUGGAACAACACUGAGAGACAUAAAGAGAAAUAUGAAAACUGCCACUGGGAGUCAUUGGAAAAAGUCGGAGGCAGAACUCUCCAAGCUGAAUUAUGAUUUUGAUAUCAACAAAGCCACGGAACUGAAGAAUAAAGGCAAUGCGUGCUUCAGAGAAAAGGAUUAUGAAACAGCACAGAAUUACUACUCACAGGCCAUAGACUUCUGUCCUCCCAGCCAGAAACGUCCAGUGUGUACCAAGCUUCACCCAGACCACCUGGACAAAGGCUGCAGUAGUGGUCAAGUGGGCAGUCCUGGGCCAGCACUGGACAAAAUCUGGUACAAGCUUCCUGCAGCCCUGUACAGCAACAGAGCCCAGUGUUUCCUGCACCUAGGGGAGUAUGAGAGUGCCCUUGAGGACUGUAACCAGGCCAUCGCCAGGUGUAUGGAAGAGUUGGAAGAAGCAAAAACUUUACGUCUGAAGUCCGUUUUCCGUCGAGCGAGAGCCCUUUAUGAGCUGGAGUACUACCAGCAGGGGCUUCACGACGUCGGAUACUGUAUCAUCAAAAACAAAGAAGAUGAGAUGUUUAGAGAUUUGUUUGAUAAGAUGUUUUACAAAUACAGAAUGAAGUACGGGUAUGACAUAGUUAAGCGGUGCUGUGUGUGUCUAGAAGGAGACGGAGACAAACUGAAACGUUGCGAAAAGUGCGACGAGGUUUACUGUAGCAAGGACUGCCAAAUGAAAGCCUGGAAAAAUGGCCACAAGGCUGUGUGUGGAACUAGAAACAAGCUCACAUGAUCUGGUCUUCCUUUUCUUUUAAAAAUAUUUCCAUUACUGGUGUACAAAGCUGUAAACAAGAGGACUUGUAGAAGUCAACAGUGUGUUUAAACCAAAGAAAGGACACAAGUUUCCCCUGUGCUUUGUGUCAUGAAUCAGAUUCACAUAGGACUUCAUUUUCGAAAGAUAGAUGGCACUGCAGUGGGGUGGUAGAGUGCAGAUUGUAAGAGU